ACACGAUUCAAAGAGAGUGCAACCGAGUUUGUCACACAUGCUUCUCCAGUCUUUCGUGUAACAUCGCCAUGGUAAUGGUAGUCUAAUAUAUGUAUGUCACUGUCACACACACACACACACUCGCAGAUAGUCUCAAAGUGAAGGCGCGUGAACUUUCCUCUCCCUUUCACCCUUAUUCCAUUUCUUCCUCAAUAACUAACAAAUACACACAGAUCGCCGCUUAUUCCCAAUCCCAUGGCAAUGCACCGGAAAUUCAAAUUCCGGCCACCGCCGCCACCUGCUUUUCCCGAAUAACCUGAUUGAUACCUUUGAACAUGUAAUCAAAUAUACCAUUGAAGAAAAGCAGACUUUCCAUUCCAAUUUGAAAUCAUCACUUCACUUGCAAUGGCGAGUACCACACCCUCUGCUGACUCUGCUUCAGCAGAUGAAGUUACCGCAAAAGCCGUUCACAAGCGCUACCAAGGGUUGCUCACGGUUCGAACCAAAGCUAUAAAGGGCAAAGGAGCUUGGUAUUGGCCGCACCUGGAACCCAUGUUGCUGCACAACACCGAAACGGGCCUCCCCAAAGCGGUUAAACUCAGGUGCUCCCUAUGCGACGCCGUUUUUUCCGCUUCCAAUCCUUCACGCACCGCUUCUGAGCAUCUCAAGCGCGGAACCUGCCCCAAUUUUAAUUCCGCUGCCAAACCAGUCUCCUCCGUCUCCCCCUCCCCCGCCGCCGCCAUGGCCGUCUCGCCGCCAUCCUCUCCGACCAACCACAACCACCACCACCGCAAGAGAAAUUCCGCUUCGUCGUACGACGCGCCUCCGCCGCCGGUGGUGGACCCGUCGCGAUUCUUCGGGGAGCUCACGUACGCGCCGCCGCGGCAACAACCACAUUUGGUGUUAUCCGGUGGAAAGGACGAUUUGGGAGCUUUGGCUAUGUUGGAGGACAGUGUGAAGAAGUUAAAGAGUCCCAAAACUUCACCUGGUCCAACUCUAACCAAAACUCAAAUCGAUAGCGCCUUCGAUUAUCUCGCUGAUUGGGUCUACGAGUCUUGUGGCUCUGUCUCUUUCUCCGCUCUUGAGCACCCCAAGUUCAGAGCGUUUCUCAACCAGGUUGGGUUGCCAACAGUGUCUAUCAGAGAGCUCACUGGAAGUAGAUUGGAAGCGAAGUUCGAAGAAGCUAAAGCAGAUUCAGAAUCGCGAAUCAGAGAUGCUUUGUUCUUUCAAGUAGCCUCGGUGGGGUGGAAAAGGAAGGUGAAGAAGUACUGUGAAGAGAAGUUGGUUAACAUGAGCGUGAAUCUCCCCAAUGGGACCAGUUUGCACAGAAGGACAGUGUUAGUUACAGGUUCUGCUCCUUCCAAUUAUGCAGAAGAGGUUUUGUGGGAGACAGUAACCGGCAUUUGUGGGAAUGUCGUGCAACAAUGUGUUGGUAUAGUUGCGGACAAGUUUAAGAACAAGGCCUUGAGAAACUUGGAGAAUCGAAACCCUUGGAUGGUUAACCUUUUUUGUCAGUAUCAAGGCUUCAAUAGUUUGAUCACGGACUUCAACAAGGAGCUCUCAAUAUUUAGCACCGUUACACAGAAUUGUGUCAAGCUCGUGAGUUUCAUCAAUUUCAAGUCCAAAGUGAGGAGUAGUUUUGACAAGUGCCAACAGCUGGAGUACGGGCACGCCCGGUUGCUCCGAAUGCCAUUGCCCUCGCUCGAGUUUGAGUCUUUUGACACUGUGUAUGCAAUGAUGGAGGAUGUGUUGAGUUCGUUUCGUGCGUUGCAGUUGGUGCUGUUGGAUGAGAACUUCAAAAUGGCGACAAUUGAAGACCUGAAUGCGAGGGAAGUCGGGGACAUGAUUCGAGAUGUGGGGUUUUGGAAUGAUUUGGAGGCGGUGCAUUCGUUGGUUAAGUUGGUGGAGGAGAUGGUUCAAGAGAUUGAGACAGAGAGGCCUCUUGUAGGGCAAUGCCUUCCCCUUUGGGGAGAGUUAAGGGCAAGAGUGAAGGAUUGGUGCUCCAAAUUCCAUGUUGCAGAAGGAGCAGUAGAGAAAGUCAUUGAGAAACGGUUCAAGAAAAACUACCAUCCUGCUUGGGCUGCGGCUUACAUUCUUGACCCGCUUUAUUUGGUUAGGGACACGAGUGGCAAGUAUCUUCCACCGUUUAAUUACUUGACGCUGGAACAGGAGAAGGACGUGGACAAGCUCAUAACAAGGCUUGUGUCAAGGGAUGAGGCUCAUAUUGUGUUAAUGGAAUUAAUGAAAUGGAGAACACAAGGGCUUGAUCCUGUGUAUGCUCGUGCUGUGCAGAUGAAGGAAAGAGAUCCUGUUACUGGGAAAAUAAGGAUUGUGAAUCCACAAAGUAGUAGACUUGUGUGGGAGACUUAUCUCACUGAGUUUAAGUCCUUGGGAAGAGUUGCAGUUAGGCUGAUUUUCCUUCAUGCAACCUCGCGUGGCUUCAAAUGUAAUUGGUCUUCGUGGAGAUGGGAGUGUAGCCAAGGAAAUUCCAGAGCAGCACUAGAUAGGGCGCACAAGUUGAUAUUUAUUGCAGCUCAUUCCAAAUUGGAAAGAAAGGAUUUUUCCGGUGAUGAAGAGAAGGAUGCAGAGUUGCUUAGCUUGGCAAAUGGUGAGGAUGAUGUGCUAAACGAGGUUUUUGUGGAGACAUCCACAGCGUGACAAUUUUUUAUAGGAAUUUUAAUCUUUAGGAUUCAUUGAAUUCUUUCCACUACCCCCUCUUCUUUUCUCUUGUGUCUUCUUCUUCUUCUUCUUCUUCAACCCUUUAAUUUAUUUUCUUAUUUUUGGUAUUUGUUACUCGUUCGGAGGAUUUUGGUGCAGUCAUUGGCAAUUGAAUUUCGUAUUUCUGAUGCCUGGAAUCGUGCGUGAUUCGAGCAACUUCCCAUCGUUCAUCAUAGCAUGAUUUAUUUUCAAGUUGUUAAAUAUCAUGGGAAAGGAUAUGUAUCUUCUUGUUGUUUGUAAAGCUAGAGAAAGUGCAUGACCAGCAGUUACAGAACGGGAAGACCAGAAGAGUGUUGUAGAAAUUGUAUGUUCCUUUUGAGAUUAAUAAUAUUUGUAAAGGGGAAGUUUAUUUAUUUAUUUUUAUCGAUUCUCCUUUAAAUCUAUGAUCGAAUCUUUGCUCAAACUUUAUCCCCAAUUUGGAAUGUAAAAUCAGGAGUGAGCAAUGUGGCAUAUUAUUGUUAA